AACAUGGCAGAAAAGGAGAAAAUGGAUUUGGUUCGUCAGAACGCAAUUCAUGUUGAGACGAUCCGGAAAGAGCAGAGACACCAGAAACUGCACAUGGAGUUCAGCAUUAACCCACACCGGAAAUUACACAUCCUGCCAGACAAACCCAUGUCCAGGAAACCAACAGAAUUGGUUGCAGAGAACUCGGACUUCAUUGAAGCCUUCCAUAAGGCCCGCCAGGAGCCCACUAAGAAAUAUGCAAUGCCACAGACUGAGAGUCAGGAGAUAGGAUGGGUGUCAACUCCACUGGUCCCGUCGCACCGCAGCGAUAAAAGACUCAACUUCAACCGAUUCAGCACGGACAUCACCAAACACAAAGAAUCUGCCCUGCGUUCAUCAAAUUAGAUCGCCAAAAAAA